AUGUCUUCUUCCGGUUCACAUCAUGAUGUCGACAGCGAGGCCCUAGGAGAAUACCUUCGCAAGUCAGGAACGAUACCGGGUCUUCAGCUACCGAUCACCACAACCAAGAUUGGAUAUGGCCAGAGCAAUCCAACCUACUUUCUUGAUGAUGCAGUCGGCGAAAGGUUCAUCUUGAGAAAGAAACCUCAGGGCCAGACAAUUAGUCCAGUAGCACAUCAAGUAGACCGCGAGUUCAGGGUUAUUCAAGCCCUUGGUUCUGUUCCCAACUUUCCCGUGCCGCGGGUGUUCACCCUGUGCACUGAGCAAUGGGUCAUAGGAACCUCGUUCUAUGUGAUGGAGUGUGUGAAAGGAAGGAUUCUCACCGACGCCAGUCUGGCAGAGCUUUCACCAUCCGACAGGCGCAAAGCCUGGUUUUCCGCGACAGAGACCCUAGCCUGGCUUCACUCACUCGAUCCGGAUGCGAUCGGUCUGGAAGGCUACGGCAAGAAGUUUGGUUUCUACUCUCGCCAUUGUAACACCUGGAGCCGUAUAGAAUCUCAACAAGCUGCGGUCAAGGACAAGAAGACGGGUGAGCUUCUUGGGCGGGCUCACGAGAAUUAUGAUGAUAUCAUGUCCUACGUGAGAGAAAACCUCCCCGGCGAACGAUUUGCCAUCGUCCACGGCGAUUUCAAAUUUGACAACUUAAUACUUCACCCUUCCGAGCCAAAGGUAAUUGCGAUCCUCGAUUGGGAGCUAUCGACAAUUGGGCACCCGCUCAUGGACCUCGUCUACUUUAUGAGUCCAUUCUUUGAUGACCAUAUCACCCCCGGCCAGUCAAUAAUUGGCCCUCCUGAAUCGCUUAGGCCAGAGCAUCGAAAGUCUAGAGGCAUUCCAGAGCCAACGGAGCUCCUGGAUCGCUACGCAGAGAUCGUUGGCUUCGAUCCACGCAAAGAUGGCGGCGGAAGGGACUGGGAGGUUGCAGCAAUUUUUCAUUACGCUCGCUCUGGGACCAUCAGUCACGGUAUCCAAGCACGUACCAUGAAAGGCCAGGCCAGCAGCGAGUUCAGCCAUAUUUAUUUCGAGAAUACGCACAAGGCAUUGGAUAAUGCCUUCAAAAGGGUACAGAGAUUGAAGGAGGGGAGAGGGCAAGGGCAGAAACUUUAG